GUUUCUGUUAUAUCCAUUUUUUUGGUUUUGGUUUUGCUUUGAUCAAUGAAGGCUUCAUGUUGUGUUAGUGUAGUUACUCAGGACGUGUCCAUGUCUUUGAAAUGCAUGAAAGAAGACGAAUAUCAAAUCAAUGAGACGAGAACAGGAAGCAGAUUUGUUUACUGGGGUUAUGAGGUCAACACCUCUUCAGAUGAUUGCAUUGCUUCCAUUAACUCAUAUUCUCACCAGGUUCUUGGCUAUGGAAGAGAGAAGAAGGUGAUUCUAGAAGCGCCAUUGUAUGAUAAAGAUUGUGUUUUGGGCAACAUCUUGGCUGCUCAUUACCUUAGCUCUUUUGACUUUGCUAAAGCCAGUUCCUAUGCUCGAGCUGCAGAAUCCCAUCUUGGGAAAGCCACGCCAUAUGAGAAGGCAAUUUUCGAGGCUGUUAAUUACUUAAUCUCUCAGAAUAUGGACAACGAUGUGGCUUUGGAUUUACACUCUAAGCUCUUGAAAAAGUUUCCGAAAGAUUUGUUGUCUUGGAAGAGAGUAGAGAUUCUGUGUUUCUACAUGGGUCGACCCGAUCUCUCUUUGCCUCUUUUCGAGAAGAUUCUACCAGAAAAUCGAGACCAAGAUUAUGUUUAUGGUAUGCUUGCAUUCCCUUUAUUGGAGCUUGGACAUUUGGCAGAAGCUGAGGUAGCUGCUAGGAAAGGCUAUGAGAUCAACAAAAACGACUCUUGGGCUCAUCACUGCUUGUGUCAUGUUCUUCAAACUGAAUGUCGUUUUAAAGAAGCAGUAGAGUUCAUGGAAGGAUGCUCAGCUUCAUGGGAUUCCUGCUCUUCCUUGAGGUAUUCGCAUAAUUGGUGGCAUGUAGCUGUUUGUUACUUGGAAGGAGGGUCUCCCAUAAGUAAGGUACAAGAAAUAUAUGAUCAUCAGAUGUGUAAAGAGCUAGAAAAAGACGAUGCUGUUGCUAGAGACGUCUAUAUGGAUGCUCUUGGUUUGUUGUUGCGCUUGGACACACGCGAUAAACUAGAUGAGUUGUUUUUAGACAGACUAAAGAUCCUAGGAAACUGUUUGACUGAUCAAGCAAUGUGGUAUCAAGAGUGGCUUUUUGAUAUUACGACAAUUUGGGCAUUGAGUAAAGUUGGAAACACUUCACUAGCAUAUGUAUUGCUCGAGGGCCUCAAGUCCCGAACAUCUGAUAUGAGCGCGAAGAAACAACAGCUGAUGCAGAAAGCAAUUUUGCUUGCUGAAGCUGUUUAUGAAUACGGAAAAGGCAACUACAAAGAAGCUUUAGAACUGCUUGGUCCAGACUUUGACGCUGUUGACUAUAAGGUGAUUGGAGCAUCGGGUUUACAGAUCGAUGUUUUUAAUGAAAUCUGGUACAAAUUGCUGUUACUCACCGGCCAAUCUUCCACUGCAAUUGAAGUAUUAGAGAAGAGGAUCAAACAGAGAGAUGGUGCGCCUUUCUUGUGGCAUUUGCUGGAGAAGAGUUACUCCAUGGAAGGAAAGGAAGAAGCUUUAAGUGCAGGUGAGAAAGCUAAGGCGUUGGAAUCUUUAUAUUUCAAGUGUGCUUGAUUGCCCGAAACAGCGUUUGUCUUGUUGUUGUUAUUUUAGACAUGCUUUUGCGAUUGGUUGAACAAGUCUGAAUCGUUAUGGUCAUUGGUCAAUGUAAAAGUUGACGUUGACUUUCUAUGUAAAUAUGCCGUUUGACUAAGAAUAAUAAUAAAUUGAAAUUUACAUU